AGGUAUUCCUCCGAUUCCUUCCACGACCUUACGCUCUCUGUUAUUCCUUUCCUCUUUCUUUCAUUCUUUGAUUUCGAAUCGGGUUUCAUCUCAUCACUUCUAUUUCCUCCCAUCUCUCUUUUUCUCGUAAUGGUUAGGGUUAGGGUUUGCGUUUGGAUUCCCUCAUAUAUGUUUACUAAUUAUUAUGAACAUCAAUCCCUCACCGUACUUUCCCAUACCUCUUUUCUGCAUUCUUCUUCUUCUUCUUCUUCUUCUUCUUCUUCUUCUUCUUCUUCUUCCUCAUCUCAUUUUCUUGUGCAUCGAAGCUUAGCUUCGAAACGAUGUGAACUCCUGCUCCAGCAUUAAGGGCAUCGACUAAAGUGUCUCUUCUAUUUGGGGACUCCUUGAUCUUCUCAUAGAUUAAAAGGAAUAAUAUGUUUGCUGACAUCGAUCUCACAUAAGUUUUGAUAAAGCACUGCUUCUGAAAAGGAACGGCCUUACUCUUAGGUUUCAUUUUGAAUUUGUAAGGUGAGGGGACAUGUCCUUGAGAAUAAAGGCAGUGGUAGAUAAAUUUGUGCAGGAGUUGAAGGAAGCUCUGGAUGCAGAUAUACAAGACAGAAUAAUGAAGGAGAGAGAGAUGCAGAGUUAUAUUGAAGAGCGUGAACGUGAAGUUGCUGAGCGUGAAGCUGCUUGGAAAGCUGAGCUUUCUCGUCGUGAGGCAGAGAUUGCCCGACAAGAAGCAAGGCUGAAGAUGGAGAAAGAGAACCUUGAAAAGGAGAAAAGUGUCCUAAUGGGAACUGCAUCAAAUCAAGAUAACCAAGACGGGGCUCUUGAAAUCACUGUAAGUGGUGAAAAGUACCGAUGCCUCAGGUUUGCGAAGGCAAAGAAAUGAGGCAUUACAGGAGGGAAGGCUUUGGAAGGAAAAACAGACUGGAUGCUCUUCUCACCGGCCAUAGCCAUUCUGCUGUUUAAUAAACGUUAUUCAUUUUAAAUGCAUUUAUUAUGUACAUGACGCUUCAUCAGAAAAUGAAAUGGAAAAUUUCCUCUGUAUGAUCCGAUUCAACGAGGAAAAGUUCAUUGAUUGAUGAGAAGAAAA